GUGAAUACGAGCGCGCUCCAAGUCAUCAUGGAUCUCAACCUCAACAUCAACCCUGUUGUCUGAACGCUGACUUACUCAACGCUGUGCAAAACAUUGAGGGGCAGCCAUAUUGGGAUCGAGUCUGGAUCAUACAAGAGAUUGUGUAAAACAGCUCCAGUUGCUCGAAGACGAGGACCAGCCUGUCGUGUUCUGCAAUUUCGACGACGACCAGGAAGCGGAGGAACCAGCGGAUGUUACGGCGAUGCGAAGCGCUAUCCAACAGUACGCAGAUGGUAUGGGCAUAUCAGGCUACGAUGAUGUCAAUGCAGUCACUUCUGAGUUGAUGCAGGCGGACAAGAUGCGAUUCAAGUACCCUUGGGCCAACGAUCCGGGUCAACGCUGUGUACUCGGAUCAAUGCCCCCCAUGGUGCAAGUACAAAACAUCGUGGAGACUGCACGGAAGUACGAUCGUGGAGCGGGUGUUUCUGAGGAUGAGUGGAACUCGGAAGUCCAAAACGAACUCCUUAAACUUGCACGCAGCACGUCCAGGAACCGACGUACGCUCGACAUUCAUAACGUGAAAACGGCCAAAACUGAACCUACAUGGCUCGCGCGUAACAGUCUGCCUGGCCGCGUCGUUGAUUACGUCGUCACGCUCAACCGAGAUACCGCUACCGAGCAAGUCUGGCGUGACCUUCGUCCACUCGAAGGUGCAUCUAUAAAGUCUUGGAAUCACACAUGUCGCGAGCGUCACAGCCCUAUUGCUAUCAACAUUGAGACUAAGGGCCCUAUGAAGUCGUGGACAGAUGGCAAGCCUUAGAUUGCGAUCUGGACCGAUGCGUGGUUAAGACGACUGACCUUGAUUCGUGCCGACAAUAGCAAUAUAGGACAGUGGCCUGCUAUCCCGCUUCUGAUUGCCUAAGGACAUGACUGGCACUUGUUGAUUGUCUCGAAGAAUGACCAGAACAUGACCAUCAGAGAGCAAAUAGCCUUUGGGAGCACGAGAUCAUGCUUUGAUGCGUUGAAGGUAGUUGCGGUACUACAUUGGCUUUUUGAAUGGGCAGAGACGG